ACCCCUACAUGCUCGUCUAUACAACAUCCUGCAUCCCUGUGCAUCCUCAUGCAACACCAUGCAUCCUUGUGCAUCCUCGUGCGACCCCGUGCAUCCUCGUGCAACCUCGUGCAUCACCUCUGCGUCCUCCUCUAUGCAUCCUCCUGCAUCCCCGUGCAAUCCCGUGCACCCUGGGCAACCUUGUGCAACUUUGUGCAUCACCCCCUGCAUCGUUGUCUAUACACCCCCCUGCAUCCUCGUGCAUCCCCAUGCAAACUUGUGCAACCUGGUGCAGACUCGUGCAUCACCCCUGCAUCCUCCUCUAUACAUCCGCCUGCAUCCCUGUGCAACUUAUGCAUCCUCGUGCAACCCCCUGUAACCUUGUGCAACCUCGUGCCACCCCCUGCAUCCUCGUGCACCACCCCCUUCAUCCCCCUGCGCCCUCCUCUGUACAUCUUCGUGCAUCCCCGUGCAUCCUCGUGCAACCUCGUGCACCCCCUUGCAUCCUCGUGUGUGCAUCCUCAUGCAUCCUUGUAUGUUCUCGUGCAUCGCCGUGCAUCCUCGGGGGUCCAUCCUCUAGCAUCCCCGUGCAUCCUGUGCAUCCCCGUGCACCCUCGUGCACCCUGGUGCAGCCUCGUGCAUCCUCGUGCAUCCUCGUGCACCCUCUUGCAUCCCUGUGCACCCUCGUGUAACCAUCCCCGUGCAUCCCCGUGCACCCUCGUGCACCCUCAUGCACCCUCGUGCAUCCUCGUGCACCCUCGUGCAUCCAUCCCCGUGCAUGCUCGUGCACCCCCCAGCACCCCCCGGGGCGCAGAAGCCCCCCCCGCACCCUGCUGCGCGUGCGCGCGGGUGGGACCCCGCGGGCGUGCACAGGAAGGGGCAACCGUGCACGCGAGGGGGGGGGAGGGGGUGUGGGUUUGCGCGUGCACGAGGCGCGAGCACGAGGCGCGUGCACGGCUCGGCGGGCGGGCGCGGGCGGGCGAUGCCGCGUGCACGAGCGGUCAGGGCGGGCGCGUGCACGAGGGGCGGGCGCGUGCAUGGGGGCGGACGCGAGGCCGUGGCGCGCGUGAAA